UCAGCUGCCCCCUCCCGCUCUCCCUCGCUUUACGGCAGUGGCGCACGUUUAGCGCUGUGCUCUUCGCGGCAGCCGGAAGGCAGGUUUCUGCAAGUUGGAGUGUGACUUAAUUUCUCAUUGUAUGGAUCACUGAAUGAGUAACAGAUGGCCUUACCUCGUCUUACGGGAGCUUUACGCUCCUUUUCAAAUGUCACUAAACAAGAUGAUUAUAGUGAAGAAUCGGAUGACUUAAUGAAUAAAAGGUCAAAAUUACAUAAACAGUUAAUGAGCUCUGAGCUUACAUGGAAGAAGAUAGUAAAAUUUGUUGAAGAUCAUUUGGACAAGAAAGAGCAGCAGUCUGUAAAUGGACAUUUAAGAACUUUAUUACAGGCUGCAAAACAAAUAGUAGGAGCUGAAAAUGGACAAGAAGCAAUUGAAAGUGGAGCUGUUUUUCUCUUUAAGACGUUUCACAUGAAGGAAUGCGUUGGUCAUGAUGAAACAAAGGCAAUCAAGCAGAUGUUUGGGCCCUUUCCAUCGUCAUCUGCUACUGCUGCCUGUCAUGCCACAUGCCGGAUUGCUUCUUUCUUCACUGAAGAACAGCUUACUGCACUUAUACGGAUUGCUGAAGAGCAAAAUGGUGAUAACAGAGUAUUCUUUGGUAAAAAUAUAGUAUUUUCAUUUGACAUGCAUGACCUGGAUCACUCUGAAGAACUGCCAAUAAAUGGGGAGGCUGCUGAACAGAAAACUAUAAGCUUAGAUUACAAGAAAUUUCUGAAUAACCAUUUGGAACACUUCCAGAAUUGCUAUGGCAAUAACUCUGAUGGCAAGUCAUUGGAAAAAGUGGAUGAUUCUUUUCUGUGGUGUGAGGUUGGGAAGUUUCUAAAUGAAUCGCUAAAAGGAACCCCUGGAGAACCAACAACAGAUGAUCUCUGCUGCACUUUGUAUGAGAUGCUUGCAUCUAGUAAAAGUGGUGACGAGCUUCAGAAUGAGGUACAGUAG